AUGAGUACCAACAAGAAGAAGAACUUCGAUUGCACACUUUGCCCUCGAAGCUUUGCCAGACUUGAGCAUCUUCAGCGCCACCGAAGAUCCCAUACCAAAGAAAAGCCCUUCCAAUGCGCAGUGUGCCCUCACGCCUUUACCAGAAGCGACCUCCUUCUACGACAUAAGAGAUUGGCACACUCCGCUACUAGUCCUACACUUGGCGCAGCUCAAUCACCACGUUCAAGAUCUUCCACUUCCACCUUUCUUGGUUUGGGAGAAGAAGAGCUGCCAACAACUCCAUCCCGAUCAGAUACAUAUCAACAGAUCGUGACCGAUGAAGCGAUCUACCAACGUAGCUCCAUCAACACUCCUUUCAAUGGACACCAGAUCUUUUCUCCAUCUGCACAGUUGUUGGGACAGGAUGACAUCAUGCCGGAUGUUGAUGGUAUGACCACUUUGGAUGGUGAGCCAAAUGCCACGCUGCAGGUCGCUCAGCCAUUCACAUCACCCGGCCUCCAUCUUGAAGAUCAGACCGCAGCCUCCCAGAUGCUGCCAUUCGCAGAUUUCGAUGAUUAUCUAAUGUUGCUUGACAACGCUACUCUACCUACUCAAAUGUUCUCAACCAUCUCCCAAUUCGAGCAGCCUUUGCCCUCUUUUUCGCCAGAUCCAAUGAUUUUGAUGCCAGAUAUUCUUCCGCCGAGUUUCAGUACUAACGCUGACGCAAAUUUGCGGCUGGUAAACACAGAUCAAACUGGCUUUUCUCGUUUUGGUUCUCGACUGCCCUCAUUGCAGCCAGAAGAACUGCCAGAAGGGCAUCCAAAGGAACGGCCACAGUCGGCUCGUCCUUCCGAAAGAAGCCGUAGCUCUUUGUUGGAAAUCUCAACUCAUUCACGGACAAUCCUGGGUAGUCGACUCGAGCGUUUUCGACGUGUUAUCCCGAAGUCUUUUGUCCUGCCGACCCGCCACGCUCUAUCACGGUAUCUGGGCGGCUAUGUGACAGGCUUCCACGAACAUCUUCCUUUCCUCCACAUACCCACCGUAUCGACUUCGAGCGCCUCCGUUGAGCUCAUCCUUGCUAUUGCAGCUGUUGGUGCGCAAUAUUGUAGAGAGCCUGAAAAAAGCUUGCAAAUUUUUCACGCUGCUGAGGCAGUUGCCAUGGAGUCUAUCCGUGAGCGAGACUGUAGAAACGCGAGGCCUUCAGGACUGAAUAACGAAUAUUUGCUCUCCAGAUCCCAUCAUGGUCAGGAUGCUUCGCCCUAUUCUGAAGCUGACUUUCAGACCUCCGCGGAUCUACUUGGGAAGCCUAUUGAAACAGCACAGGCCCUCUUGCUCCUCAUGGCCAUGGCAACAUGGUUUGAGCAUACGACUCUGGCAAGGGCCGCAAUGACUAUGCGAAGCCAGCUAGAGAGUUUGGUCCAUGAUGAAGGAUUGGGACCAGAGCAUCUGGUGCAAGACACUAAUUGGGAGCAUUGGAUAGAGCAUGAAGGAAGCAAAAGGACUAAGUUCAUCAUCUAUUGCUUCUUCAAUCUUCACUGCAUUACCUUCGACAUCCCCCUCCCUAAUACUGAACCGGACACUCGGAAUGGAUCUUCCCUGUAG